AUGCAGCCUCUGGAUCCCCAGGGGCUCGUUGAUGAUCGAGCUGCCGAGGAGGAGCAUGGACAGUUCCCCAUCGAAUAUCAUUCGCGUCUAACAGGGCCGAGCUCCCCUGCGUCGUAUGGCUCCAGUAUUCGCGCUUCCACCGCCCGGAGACGAGCUGCUCUGACAAACAAGCCCAUAAAGAACACUUUAUCAGAAACAACCUCCCUCCGUCUCUCUCCAGCGGCUGUCAGGACUCCCACCAUUUCUCACUCGACGCCCAAUUCAGACCUUACCGUUCCUCCUUCGUUGACUUCUCCUUCUGCAACACAUCAUCUUCCCAGCUCUUCCGUACGGACUCACGACACCAGCUUUCAUGUAGAGCCUACUUCACCCAAACUCCAAUCACCUUUGCGUCACUCCAUCAACUUGAACGAUAGCAACUUCGACAUCGAAUCACAGCUUUAUAGGCUUCCCAACGGCCAACCCAGGUCUCUUUCUGUCGACAUGUCAUUCACUGGUGACAAGAGCCCUACUGCUGCCAGAACUCGGUCAAGCUUGCCUGCUGUCACAGAGGAAGUCCCUCGAAAUCGUUUCCCAACUUGGUUUUCACGUCCCAACGCACCAUCGCCUGUAUCGAUAGAUGCUCCGGAACCCAGGCGCCGUAGCACAUCGUCGGCCUCCAAAGCUUCAACACCAACCUCGUCUCGGUUCAACUUCUUUGGUUCCCUUACUUCUUCUGCGGCUGUUGCUUCCCCAUCAGAAGAACAAAACGAAGCACUGAUGAACCUCGACAUUGAAAAAGCCCUUUUCCCUAAUGGCGUUCCUGUGGACGGAACAGCAUUCUCGCCUUCCGCUUUCAAGAAUCUGCAGAUGAACGCUACCGGUCUGUUGAGCAAAUUCCAGGCUGCUUAUGAGCAGCGUACAGCAGAAUUCAAGGAUCUCCAGGCUGAACGUGAUAUCCAAAGUUUCAAUAAAAGCGAAGCUGAAACCAGAGUUGAGCAGCUUGAGAAGCAGCUGGAGGAGCAAGCUAUCUUGAUGGCGGAGCGUGACGCCAUGAUUGAGUACCUGCUCAACAAAUUAGCACUGGAGAAGGAUCGUACAGACGAGCCGACCAACGGUGGAAAAGAAAUUGUCAAUUCAGCAGCUUCAACUGUGUCGGAAGACCUAGGCAUUGAUGAGGACCGGCUGAGACGUUGGCGCAAGAGUACUUCUACGUCGUCUGACGAUGAGAGUGUAGAUGAGGCCAGCGUCUUCUCUCGAUCCCGGAGCCCGACCAUUUGCACCAGCGUAUCGGAAAUCAGCCCUACCACAGCGCCCGCCGCCCAGUUUAAGCCCGCCACGCUCGAGCCUCCCCGGGCUGCGCGAAACAGCAAUCCUCAGAUGAACACAUUCCAAAAACUCAUUCGAGGUAUAUCGAGUGAGAAGGUUCAGCCCACAAGCACCACAACAUGCCUCAAUUGCCAAGGACAAACUGCCAGCGUGGCUUGGGACACAGUCAGUCUCCUUAAGGACGAGAACAAGGGACUCAAAGACAGAGUGGAAGAAUUAGAGACAGCCGUGGAGGGUGCGCUUGAUGUCGUUAAUGGUCUUGGCUUAUGA